AGGGAGAGAGGAUUGGAUUCCAAUGCCUGUGGAACAGACAGAGACUGGACAGACACUCACAAAGCUAUAGGAUUUCUCCUGUAGAAGUGGCCCAGACCCCAGUGAGACCACCUCAGACCACAGGCCUCCACACACAGAUGGAGCAUGACCAGAACAGUGACCAACCACCCCCAUACUACUUAGCAGUAGUGCCCACCCAGCCUCCUCCUCAGUAUGGAGAGUUGGUGGGAACAAGAGGGUGGUCUGACACCCCCUCCCAACCUUACCACAUCAACCAGUCGAUGCCACAUGCAAAUGUCAUCCAUGUCUCUCAGAGUGCCCCCCCUCGUCGUAAGAAAAGCUUGUCGUGUGAGAACAGUUCCCACUGUUACAGAGGAUCAGGAGAAGCCACCCUACUGCUUGUCUUCCUCGUUAUUGCUCUCUGGCUGGGGGUAUGUUACGGUCCAUCCCUGGUGUCUGGUCACCUAAGCAGCAGUGAAGCCUACCAGCCCAGCGAGAUGGAGAAAGACAGCUGUCCCUCCAACACUGUGGAGUGUGAUGGCCGACAGGAAUGCAAACUGGGCAGUGAUGAGACCAAUUGUUUAAGGUUCGGGUCGAACGGGGCUCUCCAGGUGAAGACAAACAGCGCUGGUAGUUUCCUCCCUGUAUGUUACAGUGGCUGGAACAAGGGCCUGGCUGACCAGACCUGUGCACAACUAGGCUUCAGAGCGAGUCAUAGCACUAGCAGUGUGAAAGAUGGGUCCUCUACCACUCUCACUGUGACAGGGCAGACCUGCAACACCAUCCAGGGAAAGGUGUCAGUAAAUAGCUCAUCUUGCCUCAACAAGGACACUGUAUCCCUGCAGUGUAUCAACUGUGGCCGGCAGCAAUCAUCCAGAAUCAUAGGGGGCUCUGCAGCGAAUCUGGGCGAUUGGCCUUGGCAGGUCAGCCUCCACUUUCGGGGUUUUCACACCUGCGGAGGCACCCUGGUGGCUCCUGACUUUGUGGUGACAGCAGCCCACUGCUUCCCCAGGAAAGACUCAUCGUACCUGGUGCCCAAUAACUGGCGUUUGUACAUGGGCAUGGUUUCUCAGACGAUGCUGCCUGUCCCUGAGAUGGUGGAGAAGAUCAUUGUCCAUGAGAGCUAUGAUGAUAACACCAACAACUAUGACAUUGCCCUGCUUAAACUCACACAUUAUGUAGACUACUCCAACAGCAUCCAGCCUGUGUGCCUGCCUGCCUAUGACAAGACCGUUUCCCCUGGGACAAAAUGCUGGACCUCUGGAUUUGGGACAACAGAGGGGACAGCCCGUGGAUCCACAAGUCUUAUGGAGGUGACUGUGGACAUCAUUGACUCCAGUGUAUGUAACAGAAACACAGUCUACAAUGGUCAGGUCUCUCAAGACAUGUUGUGUGCUGGAGAUAUGAAGGGAAGCAAGGACUCCUGCCAGAGGGACAGUGGAGGUCCUCUGGUGUGUAAGGACUCAGACCAGCGCUGGUACCUGAUGGGGGUGACCAGCUGGGGGGUAGGCUGCGGCAGGAGGAACAUGCCGGGGGUCUACAGUCGUGUCAGCCGCCUGCUGCCCUGGGUCUACAGUAAGAUGCAGCAAGCAAGACCGUGAUAUGAUCACAGCUGCUCUCAUCCAGGGAUGCUCAGCAUGUCUUUUGGACCUGACAAUGAGACUGGUGUGAACCCUACAACACUGGCAGGGAAUGGAAGGCUUGCAAGAAAGGUUUUUAUAUGUGAUAUCUGCUGUCAUUGGACUGCUGUCAGCUUAACGUGCGUUGGAUCAUUGUUUCCCUGAAACAGUAUUGAGCAAAUCUAUAUUUGUGACAUAUUUUAUGAAGAAUGCCUUUUACUCACACUGCAACCUCUUAUGAAGCUAUAAACCUGUCUCAGGAUAUACUCCAGGUUCACAUGGACCUUACUGAUGCUACAGUGAACUACACUUGCUGUUUUCUAUGGCUGAGAGUUGUGAAACGGAAGAAAAUUUAUCAGCAAGAUUUUUCUAAUCACUUUAACGUAACACUAAUUACCUUUCGGCACUGAUGAUUCCUUGACUGUUUGUUGAUUGUUUCAACUUAUGUACCCUUUUUGGUGUGAUGUGUGUGAAUUAUCGAUUCUGCUUUUCCAUGUCUAUCACUGUGUGUCAAUUGGAAUUAUAAUUUAUUUUG